UGAUCCGCGUUUCUUCGUCUUCAGCAGCAACUUGAGACCUUUUCUUUUUGAACUCCAAGAGAUUCAGAGGGAAAAAACAAACACCUCGCGAUCGCCAUGGCCGCUUCUCCACCACCUUCUGAAUCUCUCGGCCAGGCUUUGCCCUCUCAAAACCCUAACAUUCCUCAACACGAAGAUCGUCCCCAAUCUCCUUCACAUUCCGAUUCCCAUCCCUCCAAAACCCUAACCCUAGAAUCCCCAAUUGUCCACUCCCCGGAGCCCCAUCGGAGCCCCCAAAAUCCUCACGGGCCCGACCAAAACGACGGCGUAUUUGAGGGCCUCUCCGGCCAAACUCCUCGACCGAGCAACGACGACGGCGAUCUCUCAUCAGUUGCCUCCGCCGCGAUUCCCGCCUUCUCCGUCUACAAGCGCGGUACGAAGCGGAAGAGCGGUCACCAGAAGAAACGAUGGGCCCAGGAGAAGUUGAUGAAGAAGCUUGAGGUACUCAACGAAAACCUAAGGCCUAUUCCUUUUGCUCCCGUCAAAAAUCUCGACUUUUUGAGCCAUGAGAAGCUCCUGAGGCGGCUCGGACUGUGGGAUUUCGUCCACAUUGAGUUCGAUCGCGCCAUCCGCGCCGAUCUCCUCGCCCAAUUGAUCGCCAACUACGCCCAUCGGUGCAGCUACGUAAAUGGCGUUCGCGUGAUGGUCAACCGGGCUGAUUUGGCGCGGGCCCUGAAGCUGCCAGUGAAGAAGCCCGCGGCGGCUACGUCGGAGGGCAUGGGCGAUGAGGUGCCGGAGACGGAGGAAGCGAUCGGUUUUAUCGAGGAUUUCGUUUCGAAUUGGCUGCUAUUGCACGAUGAUACGUGGAUGACGCCGAAUGAGGUGUUGAAUUGGAUGAUGGCUGUUAAAGAGGGGCAUUUGGAGAAGGUGGAUUGGGCGGGAAUAAUUUGGUUCAUGAUAGAGAAGGAGCUGAUGGCGGCGCCGCUGCUAACGGAUUGUUACUACGCGUCGCAUUUGCAGUACUUGAUAAAAUCGCAGAAAGAAGAGUUGUUUCUUGUGAAGGAAGGAGGAGAAGAGGGGGACGAGGAGGAGCCUAAAAUUGAGAUUCUCCUCGGGUUGAAGGAGGAUGAGGAGGUUGCAGAAGGAGAGGAUGCUAAUGGAGAUGUGAGAAUGGGUGGGGACGACACUGAUGUUCGCGGCCACGAGUUGGAGGAGCACAACACUGAAUUGAGCCUUGGCCAAGAUAAUGUUGUUGAGCACAACGUUGAACUGAGUCUAGGCCAAGAUAAUGUCGUCGAGGAAGCAGACGCUGAGAAGGAAGUGGAUGUUGAAAAUGAGAAGCAAGUAGAUGUUGAAAAGGAGGCAGACGCUGGACAAGAGGAGCUAGUUGAGGAAAAGAAGGAGGCGGGAGUUGAGGAAAAGAAAGAGGAGGGAGUUGAGGAAAAGGAGGAGGAGGGAGUUGAGGAAAAGGAGGAGGAGGGAGUUGAGGAAAAGGAGGAGGAGGGAGUUGAGGAAAAGGAGGAGGAGGGAGUUGGGAAAAAUGAGGAGGAGGGAAUUGAGGGAAAGGGAGAGGAUGGAGCUGAGGAAAAAGAGGAGGAUGGAGGUGGGAAAAAGGAGGAGCAAGUUGUUGGGGAGGAGAGCACGAUGGAUUUUGAGGGAUGUAAGGAGGAUGAUGAGCCUGUUCAAUGGUUUUUGGAUGGGAAGGGUAAUGUGGGUGAGCCUUUUCUGAGGCAGUGUAGUUUUGGUGUUGAACCUAAGGAUUUGGUUUGUGAGGAUGAAAGGAAACAGGAAGAAGAGGGGGAAGAAGUAGGAGGAGGAGAAGAAGAAGAAGAAGAAGAAGAGGAAGAAGGGCGCGAUGAAGUGGAGGAGGACGAGGAGGAGAUGGAGGAAGAACAGGAGGAGCAGGGACACCAAGAGGGAGAUUUUCACCUUUCACCAAAGGGCUUUCCUCUAGAUGGUUUGACUUCAGGAGGUCUAAUUCAUUCAAUGGAAGCGGCACAGAUAAAUCUUAGUCCCGGGAUGUCAUUCCGUGACCCUUUAGCAGGGGAGUUUUUAACCUCUAGGGAUGACACGCGAAUGUCUUCGCUUUUUGGAAAUGGUAGCACUAGCAAGAGGGAUCACAUUAGUCUUGAAAGUGAUAACUCCCAUCAUGCUCUCAAUGGCAAUAAGCGAAUGAGAAUUGAUGGCCCCUGGGAUAACAGCAAGUCUUCAUCUGAUUUCGACAUGUGUAUGGAGCAAAUACAACACUUCAUGGGAAAAGCUCGGAUGAUGUAUGCCGCAAAAGAGCAGGCCUGCGAGGAGGCCGCCAUGAAUCAUCAGAUUUUUUUGAAUGAAUUGCAGCAACGUGACAACAUGAUCGCUCACUUGGAGAAGGCCAGGACUGAAGAGAGACAAAAGAGACAAAUCGAGGUGUAUAGACUCGAAGGAGAGCUCAAUCUGAUGAGUAAUCUCUUGGACGGCUAUAGGAAGGCUUUGAAGGAAAAUCACAGGGCGUUUGCAGAGUACAGAGCACGCCGUUCGCAGCUUGAUGAGCCGAUUUAUAAGGAUGUUGCAGGGUCUGCAGGUCUGGUUUUAAGUGCCACGGAACUUGGAAAGCUACGCCUCAAGCGAGAAGAAGAAGAGAGGGUGAACAGGCUGAUUGUUGAGAGAAAGAUUAAAGAAUUCGAAGCAUGGUGGGAUGCCAAAUUCUCGGCGCUUGGUGUGACUAUUACUGAAUGGGACAACAAGUUGCUGUCUGUAGAACAGGAAAUGAAACUUCUCAAGGAAUCAUAUCACGCAAAGCGCAAGGUUUCAGAAGCACCGGAACCUGCCCAAAAUGACUCUUGAGCUGUUCGGCAAAGUCCUUCCUUUGAGCCACAUGGGAUGUAUAUAGGUCUAGAUGUUAAUGGUAAGUGAAAUUGUGCGACUAUCUUUUUAUGUUAUGAUGCAGUUAGAGAAAAUCCUAAUCUGGUAUAGAUUGAUGGUACUAUGUGGAUCUGUUAGAAACUCUUUCUUGCUGAAGGGAUGGAUAUGUAGUUUGGUUUUUCUUUGCUGCUUA